GGAAGUGAAGGAAUCCAUCAUUGACGGCCAGACUGAGGUUGCAGGAACCGCCAGUCUCGUUCAGCGCACAGGAUUGUUAGAUGGUGUUGAUGCAAAAGCGCUUAGUUUAACUUCAAACGGGGGAAUCAUCUACCAUCAUCAUGUCAAAGAACACGGUGUCCGAUCGUUUCAGGAAAGUGGACGUGGAUGAGUACGACGAGAACAAGUUUGUGGACGAAGAAGAAGGAGGAGAAAACCAGCUGGGUCCAGAUGAGGCAGAGGUGGAUUCUCUCAUCAGACAAGGGAACCUCAUGGGUGCUCUACAGGCAGUAUUAAAAAACCCACCGAUCAAUACAAAGAAUCAAAACGUCAAGGAUCGAGCUGAAGGUCUGGUGCUGAAGGUGCUCAGCUCAUUCAAAAGUACUGACAUAGAGAAAGGAGUUCAGUCUUUGGAUAAAAAUGGAGUUGACCUGCUCAUGAAAUACAUCUACAAGGGGUUUGAGCGGCCGUCCGAAAACAGCAGCGCCGUCCUACUGCAGUGGCAUGAAAAGGCUCUUUCUGCGGGUGGAGUGGGCUGCAUCGUGAGGGUCCUAACAGCCAGAAAAACAGUGUAAACUGUACGCGGUUUGCACAAUGCACUCAAAACAAAAACCCAGCAGUGAAAAAAACCUGCUGAGACACUCAGAACAAAGCGAUGACUUUCCACAGGGUACUUAAGACGACCUCUCAUAUGAUUUCAAUGCGUUUUCUGUCAUAUCAUUCUUCACUCACAGUCAAAACUCAUUAUCAUGUCAUCGGUUGUAUGUUAUACUUACCGUAGCUUCUCUCAGGAACACUUUUCUAUGCUAUUAUAUAUUGCAUUCAGCAAUCUGAAUACAAUGGACUGGUUAGAGUUUUAUAAAAGCCUUGCUUAAGUUUAUUAUAACCUUUUAUUACUACUACUAAUUUACUUAGUGAGAAACGGCCAUGUAACCUCAGUUAUUUUAUUCUGCAUCAUGUGUGAAUGGCUUGAAAUGAACAGCCACACAGGGUGGUGGGUUUUACUGGCACCACGUCUGUCAGCAUCAACAGUCGGAUUAUGAAUAAUACUCUCUGGUGCAUUAAACCUUCCCAUCACUGAUCCCUUCUCGUUUGUUCUAAAUCGCAGGACGUUAUGCCAUAGUAUUUAUUUUUUUUCCAUAACCAAAGCGCAUUAGCUCCUAUACUCAUAUAAGUCACAUUUCCCAUCUUACUGUACUACACUUCAUCUGAAACAGCUGUUUGAUUCUCUUGGCUAAUCGGGACUUUCACUAAUGCUGUUAUAAAGUAUUAAUGUCCUGUCUUAAUGUAUCUGUGUCAGCAUUCCAAAGCACUUAAUGCAGUGGACCAUUGCUAUUGUAUGUGUGUCAGAAUGUAUAUGUCUGUAUGGAUGCGUUUGGAAGCCAAUCAUGUUGAAUACUAUUACUGCCUCAAAGCAGAUCAUCACUGAUACAGUCUGAUCUGAGACAUAACGUCUGAUCACAGGGACCUGCCUUUACAAUGCAGUAAUACAGAACGCAAACACUCAAUAAUAAACCAAACCGGUAUGAUGACUGCCUUACAAAAAUAUUCCUUUUUUUAUGUUUGUGCUUUUGUGAUCGAAUAAUAAAAUAUUCAAUAUAUAUGCACACCUAA